CUCAUGUGAGCAACAACAGCAGUGUUUUAAGGAGAGUAUAUAAUGCCAUAGGUCCCUUCUCCUUGUAGUCUUUCCCUUUCCUCCCUCUAGCUUUAUCCUCUCUCUCUCUCUCUCUCUCUCUCUCUCUCUCUUCUCUGGGCCUAACAGAACACACAUCCAAAGCCUUGACCAUCUCUUGCUAGAUUUGGUGGCUGAUCUUUCUGCUCGUCGCUUAGGAUUGGGGAGUUGAGAGGAGGAGGAGGAGGAGAAGGAAGGAGGAGAAGAGAAGGAUCUGGGGAGGGGGAAGAUGACUCCACCAACUAAUGUGGCAGGCCAAUUUGGAGACACCACUUACACCAAGGUAUUUGUUGGGGGGCUUGCUUGGGAGACCCAAAGAGACACCAUGAGUAAAUACUUUGAGCAAUUUGGGGAGAUCCUCGAGGCUGUUGUCAUCACUGAUAAGAACACAGGAAGAUCCAAAGGCUAUGGAUUUGUUACAUUUCGCGAGCCGGAGGCUGCCAUGAGAGCUUGCAUAGAUCCUUCUCCCGUCAUCGAUGGAAGGAGGGCUAACUGUAACCUUGCCUCCUUAGGGCUUCAAAGAUCUAAACCUACAACACCUCUUCAUGGAGGGAGCAGGAACUUUAGGGUCGUGAAAUCUUUUCAGGCAGGCCUUCAAGGUGGGAUGGGAACAGCUUUUGCUUCGGCUGCUGCUGCUGCUGCUGCCGCCUUCCCUCAUUAUGCCAUCCAACAAGGGCUUCCUUAUUAUGUCUAUGGGUUCUCACCAUAUUCCGCUGAGUACAACUACGCUACGUCUGAUCACCAGAGCUACUACAACAUGUAUGGUGGAGCAGCCACUCAAUACCCACUCUACGGAGGAGCAGCAACUGGGGUGGCCGCUGGAACCACCGGCUACUACCCAUACUUCCAGUUUGGACAGGGCGGCGCCGCCGCGGCUUAUCCUCAUCAGGGUCAAGGAUACGGCAUGCAGUACCCUCAAAUGCUCCAGUACUCUGCAAUGACCACCACGGCGGGGGUGACGGGCUUCCCGUCCUCCCUGCUGCAUGGAGCUCCCGUGUCCCUCGCCAUGAGCCCCGCAGCACAGUGUCUUCUGCUCUAAAACAGGCAUGACAAUGGCUCUCACAGCUCCAACCCUGCCGAGUCCAACACCCCAUCACUACAGACACAUUCCCGCUCACUUCGCUGCACCUACCGCACCAGAGCAUCCCUUGGCCUAACCAUGGUUCUUCUUCAUCCUCCAUCCUUAUUCCCAUUACCUGUCUGUGAGUCUGUCCAUCGUCUCUAACACAAGUCCCAGGUUUCCACCCCAUGGUCUUCCGCAGACCAAAUCGAGUCCCACAGGGGCAAACAGUGUCAGUCGAGCUCAAGACUGGAGGAGCACAACUACAAGUACUCCAAAUCCAUUACUUGAUGCUGCACUAGCUGUGCAGUGUCCACUCCUUUAUCCCCUGGUCGGGGUUAAAUCAUCUCCAUCUAAUCCUACUGCCCUGAGAUGGGCUUAUACACUGUUACAGAGAAGCAUUUCAAGUCUUCUAUGACCUUCACUGAUCAACCCAACCCUAUAUGUCAACUGCACCAGUGUGAUCAACCACAAGAAGUCAACUUGCCUAGGGAAAGGCAAGAUGAACUCACUAACCCUCUGUUCUGUUGACUUAGCUUCUGUGUGAACAUUUGUGGCUAAACUCCAUGGGGAGUUUUAGCUCCAAAAUCCAGGGAGGUGUAGAGAAGAGCUGGUGUUUGUUUUUGGCAUGGCGCUCUACUCCCUGUUCCAGCUGACAGUACUAUGAACUCCACAUAUGGCUGUGGAGUUCUGACCCUCGAGAUAUAUUUUUAGUCUCAUGGGUUCUUCCUCUCCCUAACUAACACUACUGCUUCUACACCACCAUGGUUAGGUCCAAGAGCCUCAUCACUCUCUCUCUCUUCUGCUGCUUAAAGUUAGAGGAACUUAUGUUACUGUUGCUGCUGGUUCUCUCUCUCUCUCUCUCUCUCUCUCUCUCUGUUUAGGAUUAGAGAGACUCAGAGACUUGUAUUCCUAAUAUCCUAUGUACUAAGAACUGGAUCUUGUAAUAACUAGGUAGGCAUGCUACUUUAUCAGAUACCCUUCUGCAAUCCACUGCUGCUAAUAGUUUCAAGUAGCUUGAUUAUUA